AGCCGUAACCUUGUCGUCAUCGCCUGCUUCUCUUCUCUUCCUCGUCUGCUCCCUCCACAUCUGACUGCUGUUCUCUUCACAUUCAGAGACUCACCAGUUACUCGCCGACAGCAACACCGUAGCCAUGGACGACGAAGAAAAGAUUGCCAAUUUCUGCGCUAUCACAGACUCUGACGCCACGCGCGCGACCCAAUACCUUGCUGUCUGCGACGGCGACCUUGAUCGCGCCAUCAACUUCUUCCUAGAGUCCGGAGGUGCUUCCUUGGACUCGGCGCCAUCAGCGUCUGCUCAAUCUUCUGCGCAGCAGGAGCCUAUCGAUUUGGAUGGUGACGACGAUGCUGCGCUGGCCGAGCGUCUACAGCGCGAAGAGAAUCAACGUCAAGAGCCUGAAGUGAGAGAGCGGAUUGCUCCCCGAACAGAGACGUUAGUCGAAGACUUUGGUUACAACUACGCACCACCAAUACCUAGUUCAUCACGACCUAUGAGACCUUCCGUGUUUAACCAAGUGCCAGGGAUGAAUCCGCGGAAUUUGACCGAGAAGCAGUCUCGACUCGAACAGCUUUUCCGUCCGCCGUUUGAUAUCAUGUCAACUUACGACAUAGAUACCGCCAAAGAGAAGGGUAGAGAGCAGAAGAAGUGGCUCUUAGUAAACGUCCAGGAUCUUUCCGAUUUCAACUGCCAAGUUCUAAACCGUGACUUUUGGUCCGAUGAGGCAGUCAAAGAGACCGUCAGAGCGAAUUUCAUCUUCAUGCAGUACAACAAAGACGCUUACGAUGGUCAGGCUUUUCUUGCGCUGUACCCUUCUCAAACCUUUCCCUAUGUCGGAAUUUUGGAUCCCCGGACAGGCGAAGAGAUGAAGACCUGGCAUCAGCUUGGCUCACCCGCGGACUGGGUCACGGCUGUCCAUGAGUUUCUCGAAAGAUUCAGUCUUGAUCCCCGGUCGCGGAAUCCUAUCGGCAAAGUUUCUAAGCAUAAGCCCCUCGACCAUAUGUCAGAGGAAGAACAGAUCCGACUCGCUCUUGAGCAGUCUAUGGGCCGAGGCGAUGACGAUUCAGAAGUUGCCAGUGAGAUGUCUAGCGUGAGUGCUGCUGAGAGCGCAGAUGAGUCGCUGGAAGACGUUUCGAGCGCUGCUUCGUCAGCUAGGGACAAGGGCAAGCGCAAGAUCGAAGUCAUUGAUCUUGAUGAGGACGAAAAGAUGGACGAAGAUGAGCCACUAACCUCCGAAGAUGUUUUCGCAACCAUACAGCCAGUCGCGCGUGACGAGCCCGCUCCAGACCCCAAAACUACUACGCGUGUUCAGAUCAGGCUAAGCGACGGUUCUAGAAAGAUCCGACGAUUAAACCUGACCGAUCCUGUUCGUUAUAUCUUUGAAUACGUCAAGAGUGACGUGCCAGAAAUGAACGGCAAGUACUUUCAGAUCAUCAGCACCGAUCGGAAAAAGCUCAUCGACCAGGUGGAUCAGACUAUCGAGGAAGCCGGGUUGAAGAAUGCCUCCGUUCUGGUUGAAGCUGAGGAUGAUUAGCUGGUGUAGCUAGAUCAUCAAGCAUGGCUGAGCUGUUCAGCAAUGCUGCGACAUAGUCCACAAUACAUUCAUUUACCUCCU